UAAAAUAUUUAAAUAUUAAAAGACCGCCAACAACUAUGGAUUUUGAUGAGAAUAUUGCCGAGCUUGAGAAAAAUACUCAGCUUCAUGGAAGCCAAGAUGAGAUUGGAUUCGGACUGAACUCCCAAGAGUUAAGAGAACUCGAACAUAAAUCUGAUGCAGUGAUAUUUGCAAUUGAUUGCAGAAGUUCGAUGUUUGUACCAAAUGAUUACAAUGAUUCUGGCCUUUGUAAUUUUUCAACAGUAAUUAAAGCUGCAACUGGAUUCUUAAAAUCAAAAAUAGUAUCAAGUAACUCAGACCAAACAGGAAUCAUUCUUUAUAAUUGAAGCAAGAGCCUCAAUUCAAUGAACUUUGAAAGUGUCUAUGUUCUCAAUGCUCUAGACAGACCAAAUGCUGAGAACAUUAAAUCCUUAGAGAGUCUUAUAGACACUGAAAAUAUAAGAUUUAGUCCGAGCGAUGAGGAAACACACCUCUCAGAAUUAUUAUGGACAUGAGAUGAACAAUUUACAACACUCAAGGAAAUUGGGAGUCCAGAUGGUAACUCCCAACCAACCCAAACAGAGAUAAGCUCUUACUCAAAAAGGAUCUUUCUUUUCACUAACGAAGAAAAUCCAAUGUCUAAUAGCCCCAGAGGUCAGGAAGAAUCAAUAGAAAGGGCACAGAAAUUAGUAGGAAAUGGCAUUGAAAUUGAAUUAUUCCCAAUGAGCCAUCCCCAAGAAGACAAAACAAAGUUUGACGUUGAUAUAUUCUUCUCAAAUAUUCUUAAAAUUGACGACAAUGAUUUUGAAAGUGCUUAUCUUCGUAUCCAAGAUCUCAGUAAGAGAAUUAGACUAAAAGAGUUCAAAAAGAGAGUACUUGGAAAAUGAAUGUUCUCAGUGGCAGGAUCAAUGAAUGUGGGGCUUAAAUUCUACACCCUCACUAAGAAAACUACGAAACCUUCUGCUAAGUUUAUCAAAAAAGCCACAGGCAAAGAGCUUAAAUCCUUAACGAGGUACAUUUGUAAAGAAUCAGGAAAUACUUUAUAUCGAAGCCAGAUAGGGACACAUUAUCCUUUAAAGAACAAAAAGGUUAUCAUCACUGAAAAAGAUAUGAAGAAAAUAAAGCAUUUUGAAGAACCUGGGAUGAAACUUAUCGGAUUUAAGUCCAGAUAUAGUAUUCAUAUAUACCAAAAUGUUCGUCCUCCUUAUUUCAUAUACCCAGAUGAGAAUACCAUCAAAGGGUCAUCCCAAAUGUUUCAUGCCAUGAUUGAGUCCCUUGUUAAGAAGGAUAAGGUAGCCUAUGUUAGAUUCAUACCUCGAGAAGGAGCUAUGGUCAGAUUUUGAUAUCUUAUUCCUCAAAAAGAACAAGGAGUUAAAGAAGGCUCAGAGGAAUAUUUGCCUCCUGGGUUCCAUCUAAUAUUUGCUCCAUAUGCAGAAGAUAUUCGAGAAAUUGAAAAUGAGCUUUCCCAUGACCAAAAUUUGAAAGAGCCUUGCAAGAGCGAAACCAAAAUAGCCAAAAUUUUUGUUAAAAACAUGACUAUUGACUUUAACUCAAGGAAUUUUGAAAACCCAUCAAUUCAAAAAUUUUACUCUGGCCUCCAAUCAAUCGCUCUUGAUCAAAAAGAUCCAGAACAAAUUCAGGAUAGCCUCGAGCCAGACCAAGAAGGCAUGAAAGCAAUGGAGCAAGUGUUUCAAAAUAUGAAGGAAGAAUUUGAGCUUGGCAAGAUUCAAAAGAAAGUUCCUGCUGCUCCUAAGGCAAAAAGAAAGAGAAAAGAUGAUAUUGAUGCAGAUACAAAUAAGUCAGACAAUAACAGUGAUGUAGACCAACCUCAACAGAAAUAAAGUUAAAAAGAGUGACAAAGAAUACAGGACAAUUGAGGUUCCCAAAGUUUACACUGAUAAGCAACUCUCUGAUAUGAUCAAGAAAAACGAGAUGAUUGAUCUAAGCGUAAUGAUACUGCGCCAGGCCUGUGACCAACGUCAUAUUUCUUAUAAAAAGAAAGAUACAAAAAGAGCUCUCAUUAAAGCUCUGACAAAGUUUAUUAAAGACACAAGCUAA